CACCCAUCGAUCCACCGGAUCUUCGUCGCUGAUGUUCCCAUGUCGCCUGGACGGCCUGGACGCUCGGAUCGCUCGGAUCCGCUACGCCGGAUCGGCUGCAGCCAAACGCAGUGGCAACGCUUGGAUCCGGAGGAACAGUUGAAGGUCACCCAUUGCUUGCGACAGAAGGGGCCCUCCGAAGCUCUUCGCAAGGUUCAAAGUUGGCUGUCCAAACGGGAGAAGAAAAGACCCUCCGCCGAGGAGACGAGGCAAUCGAGGCACACCGAAGGUCGACACCUCCAAGCGGCGGCCCCCAAGCGGCGCAAGGCUGUGCUGAUGCCGCGCCACGCCGUGGAAAAGGCUGAGAAGACGCGUGAGCGCCAUGCGCGCCAUGCGCGCCAUGCGCGCCAUGCGCGCCAUGCGCGCCAUGCGCGCCAUGCGCGCCAUGCGCGCCAUGCGCGCCAUGCGCCAGUGGAAGUGGAGGAUGACGAAGAAGACGGUGACGACGACGACGAAGACGAGGACAGCAACGGAAAAGUGGAGGUGGUCGAGGAGGCAUCAGAGGUUGAAGAGGCGGAGGAAAGCGAAGAAAGCGAAGAACAGGAGAAGAGUCCCAAGAAGAGCCCGAGCUCCGAGAUCGAGUCGCAAAUGGAAGUGGAAGCCAAAGCCGCACCAGGUCGCCAGGAAUCUGAGUCCGAGCCUGAGGAGAUUCUCCGGGAGAUGGCGGAGCCGGCUGAGCCGGCGGAGCCGGCUGAGCCUAAACAGGACAGUCAAAGCUCAUCAAGCGAAAGUGUCGACGUGCCGGAGCCGGUUGUGGCGAUCGCCCCCGCGAUCCCCAAAGCGGCGGAAGUGGAGUGUGCGGAGUGUGCGGAGUCCUCGUCCUCGUCCUCCUCCUCCGAGCCAAGCUCCCCGGGCCCGCCAGCCACCGCGCCCGCAGCGGCGCCGGCCACGGCGCCUGCGCCGCGGUCACCAGGGCACGGCUGGACGAAGGCGCCGGGCGCCAGCAUGUCGCAUAUGGUGAAACCUGCGCGCCCCUGCAACUGGCCACGCGGUGUAGCUGUGGGGCCACCACCCCCUGGGCCGUCGCCGUGGGCACAGAGCCGUGCACCACCCUGGGGUAUCUCUCCGGGUCCGCCCCCUGUCUGGCGCCCCGUGCCGGUGAUGUAUCCGCCCUUUGGUCCGCCCAGCGCAGUGCCACCUCCACGUCGGUGAAUAAAUUGGUUCGCACCGUGUGAGCAUUAAUGCGCAUUAUACUUGUCAAAA